CCAGCUACCGGCGGACGCCUGAAAUGCAGCGUAGCUGAGAUACACGGUCGGACAAAGUUAGCUAAACUACGAAAAACAAACCGUCCCGAACCGACUAACGCCAGCAUGUUCGGCUCGUCCAGGUCCGGAGGAGUGAGAGGAGGACAGGACCAGUUCAACUGGGACGAUGUUAAAGCGGACAAACACAGAGAGAACUACCUGGGGAACUCCCUCAUGGCCCCCGUGGGGCGCUGGCAGAAGGGCCGGGACCUGACAUGGUACGCUAAAGAUAAGAAGGCCGGGGGCGUGUCCAGAGAGCAGGAGCUGGCAGCCGUACGGGAGGCCGAACAGGAGGCCAUGAUGGCUGCACUGGGUCAUAAGACGGUGCAGAGACGGCCGGCCGGACUCACGAAGGAGGAUCUGGCGGACGUGUGCAGGAGAGACGGAGACGCGGAGGAGCGAAGCGUCGACAGAAUCUCUGGCCUGGGAAGCUCCAGCGCCGGGUCCAGAGGGAUGGUUCUGUCCAAGCAGGAGAAGGAGGCGGUGAAAAUGGGCCUGCCUGUGUUUACACACCACAGGCAGGUGGGAGGGGAGGAGGCAGCGGUGAGGAGAGCGGCGGACCCUCAGAGAGAAGAGCAGGAGAAAAGAAACGACGGCCACAAGAAGAGCAAAAAGGAGAAAAAGAGCAAAAAGGAGAAGAAGAAGAAAAAGGAGAAGACGCAGCGGCGCAGGAGAGGCUCCUCCUCCGGCCGCGACUCUGAGUCCGACACCGACAGUAAAAGACUCAGACUGGACCGCAGUGACCGCCGCGGUGUUCAUCCAUCACGCUGCAGUCAGAGUGGAGCCGCCGCUCCUGACAGCCAUUCAGCUCGGGGGUCAAAGGUCAACCGCAGGAGCCCCUCCCCUCCUUCUCAGAACCGCCCCCGUCGCCGCAGCCCCGCCCCCUCACCCAGACCCCGCCGACGCCACGACUCGGAUUCAUCCUCGGACGGGGGUCGCCGCGGCAACCGACAGUCUCCGCCGCGGAGACGGCGUCACGACACAGACUCGGACGACUGACGGCCAAUCGGCCACUGGCUCACCGUCUCAGCCAAUCAGAGAGCAGCUACACUCAGAGAGUGUUUGAGUGUCAUCACUGUUUGAUCAGUCUGUGAAGAUCAUUCACCGUUUACUGCUGUUUACUGACCAUCUGUCCAUUCAUCUGACAGCAGUUUAGCCCCGCCCACUCACACUGACCUGAUAAGGAGCAUUUCAGACCAGACUGCUUUUUAACUGAGGCACAGCCAAUCAGAACAGAGCUCAUUUACAUAUAUCAGUCUUAAAGGCGCAGUAACAGCCUGUUUAACUGUACGGGAUGAAGAGAGGCUGGAAAUGGUGAUUUUACUACAUCAAAGCACACAGUGGACUUAAUACAAUAACAAAUAAAAUAAAGCCUAUGAUCUCUAAAUAAUUUAAUCCAAAUUAUUUCAUUCUAUUGGGAAAUAAUUUAGCCUGUUUGAAGAAAUGAUGCUCUAAACAAGCCAAAUAUUCUGACAAUCAGGAUCAUUUUAUUGCACUUCUCACUUAAAACAAGCAGAAAUGUCUAGAACUGUGUUGGCUGUUCAUAUAAUCUUCCUAAAACAGGCUCAUCAUGAGAAAUAUUACAUAUAUUCACAAGAUUAAGAGAAUCAGAAUCUCUGUCUCUGCUUAAGAACGUUUUACUCAUUUGAACCCAUUUGUUUCAGAGUGGUUUGGUGUGAAACGCUCUGUUCUAGAUAAACUUACCGAGUCAGAACUGUUCACAGUGGUGGUGAUAGGAACCAGACGUCCACCUCUAAAAGCUCCCUCACAGAAAGU